ACGAGUUCAACUUGCACCAAAAACCAAAAUGUUCAAAUACUUCGUUUUUGCCGUCUUCUGCCUGGCCAGCGUUGCUGCCGCUCCUGGAUAUUUGGGCGGACUAGCUGCUCCGGCCUUGCCGCUGGCUGCAGCUGCUCCGGCCAUCUCCUAUGGUCAUGCCCUGGCCGCUCCAUCGAUUGCCUCUUACGGAUUGGCCCCCAGGAUUAGCUAUGCCUCUCCUGCAUUGGCGCACGCUCCUCUGGCUGCUCCGGCUAUUUCCACCUACGGAUUGGGAUUGGGUCAUGGUCCCAUUGGUCUAUCUCAUGGUUCCUUGGGCCUGGCCUCUGCUCCUCUCAGUCUGGCCCAUGGUUCCUUGGGUCUAGCUCAUGCUCCUCUGGCUACUCCUUUGGGACUGGGCUACAAGACGGCCUAUCCAGCUCUGGCCGCUCCUGGCUAUGGUCUUGCCCAUGGCUGGUAAGGAUCGUCCAUCCUAUACAACAUCGUUUUCUGCAUUGCAUUCGUUUCGUUUGGAUCGGAGAGAGAGAAGAAGAAAAUACACAGAGGAAAAGAGAACGAGAGAGAAAGGAAAUGGCAGAGAUUUUGUGCUAAGAAAUCAAAUUAUGGAAAAUUCGAUUAUGAAAAGUGGAUUUGAUGAGAAAAUAUAUUUCGUUUGAAUUUGA